CUGUCGCGUCUUCCUUCUGCCAAUUUCAUUGGCUAACACCCCGAUGACAGCUCGCCCAAUCCGCGCUGCGAAGUAGCGACAGCUGCUUUUCUAUGGGCCAAUGGGAAGCGGCCCUGCUUUGGCGCCCACUUUGAGUGAGGGCGGCCCGCGGCUGCCGCCGUUUUCUCGCCGCUCUCCUUGCUGCCGCCAUGUUCGUCACCGACUACCGCCGGGAGUUCUACGACGUGAUCGUCAGCCAGCGAGUUCUUCUUCUUGUGGCUUCAGAUGUUGAUGCAUUAUGUGCUUGUAAAAUACUCCAAGCUUUAUUUCAGUGUGAUCACGUGCAAUAUACACUAGUCCCAGUGUCUGGAUGGCAAGAACUUGAAACUGCCUUUCUUGAGCAUAAAGAUCAGUUCAAAUAUUUUGUUUUUAUUAAUUGUGGUGCCAAUGUUGACCUUUUGGAGAUCUUGCAGCCUGAAGAAGACACUAUUUUUUUUGUGUGUGAUAGCCACAGACCUAUCAAUGUAGUGAAUGUUUACAAUGAAACUCAGAUUAAGCUGUUAGUGAAACAAGAUGACGAUCUCGAUGUUCCUGCUUAUGAUGAUAUCUUCAGAGAUGAAGAGGAUGAAGAAGAGGACUCAGAGAAUGAAAGUGAGGGCUCAGAACCUUCAGAUAAGCGUAGACGUUUUGAAGAGGAAGUAAUAGAGAGAACAAUGAAAAGGCGACAGAGGCGAGAAUGGGAGGCACGCAGACGGGAAAUUCUUUUUGAUUACGAGCAAUAUGAAUACCAUGGGACCUCAUCUGCGAUGGUGAUGUUUGAUCUGGCAUGGAUAAUGUCUAAAGACUUGAAUGACAUGUUGUGGUGGGCUAUUGUUGGCCUAACAGAUCAGUGGGUCCAGGAUAAAAUUACUCAAAUGAAGUACGUGACUGACAUUGGGAUUCUGCAGCGCCACGUGUCUCGCCACAACCACCGCAAUGAGGAUGAAGAAAAUUCUCUGUCAAUUGAUUGCAUGCGAAUAGCAUUUGAAUACGAUCUGCGGCUGGCACUUUAUCAGCACUGGUCUCUAUAUGAAAGUCUCUGUAAUACUUCAUACACCUCUGCUAACCUCAAGCUUUGGUCUGUACAAGGACAGAAGCGGCUGCAGGAGCUUUUGGCUGACAUGGGUUUGCCUUUGAAGCAAGUGAAACAGAAGUUUAAUUCCAUGGACAUGUCUUUGAAAGAAAAUCUUCGGGAAAUGAUUGAAGAAUCUGCAAAUAAGUUUGGAUUGAAGGAUUUAAGAGUUCAGACCUUCAGCAUUCACUUUGGCUUUAAGAACAAGUUCUUAGCAAGUGAUAUAGUUUAUGCCACAGCUUCUCUCAUGGAAAGUAUAGAGAAAGAGGGGCCCGAAACAACUAAUUUCAUUAAAGCUUUGGACAGUCUCUCCAGGGGCAACCUGGACAAACUGCACCAAGGACUGGACCUGGCCAAGAAGCAGUUACGUGCCAUUCAGCAGACAGUAGCCAGCUGCAUUUGCACCAACCUUGUAAUUUCCCAAGGGCCUUUUCUUUAUUGCUCUCUCAUGGAGGGUACACCAGAUGUAAAACUCUUCUCUAAACCAGUAUCUCUGUGCCUGCUUAGUAAAUACUUGCUCAAGUCCUUUGUUUGCUCUACAAAAAACAAGCGCUGUAAAUUACUGCCGCUGAUAAUGGCUGCGCCAAUGGAUGUUGAACAGGGAACUGUGAUCAUGGUGGGAAUUCCUCCAGAAACAGAAAGCUCUGAUAAAAAGAACUUUUUUGGAAGAGCAUUUGAGAAAGCUGCCGAUAGUACCAACUCGAGGACUUUACACAACCAUUUUGACAUGUCAAUAAUUGAAUUGAAAACAGAAGACAGGAGCAAAUUUCUGGAUGCGCUCAUUUCUCUCUUGUCCUAAUGACUGUUUCAGAUUGUCUUCUGCCCUUGUUACACCGUGGUGCUUUUUGGUUCCUUGUGCUGGAAGCUGAGGAUUUGUUGCUCUGAAGUUGAUUCAGAUGUUCCAGACUUCAUAGUGCUGCAGUUAUGUCAUCUUGCUGUAUCUGAAAUGUUCCGGUACAGGCUCGGACUUCUGGUUUUGUUCUUAAGAGGCUAAAGGAUUUCUAACCCAAGCACACAGAUAUUGGAUACUGCUUCUUUGUACAGACUCAGUCCUCGUAAAGGCAGAAUGCCUUAACUAGGAGAAUUUGUAAAUAGCGUUUCUGUCAAUCCUGCUUUUAUUAGUAGAUGUGCUCCUUUGAUAUUUAGCUGUGGGCUAAUAACAAAAGUAGGUUUUAAAGAAGUUCCAUAUUUAAAUGUUCCUUUAAAACUAUUUUGAAUGUUUUUAAAUGAUUUUUAAAGUAACUUCUUGAAAACCUGUAAUGAAAAUCUUUUUUGGUGCUAUCAGGUUAAAGUCUUGUACUUUGGUUGAAAUAGCUGUUUUGUGAGGCAAGUUUUAAGAUUUUAGGGAUUUAAAAUCCAUGUACUAAGAAACUGCCAGAUACCAGAUAAAAUCCAUGGAAUUUCAAUGCCAGCAAGGAGUUCUGAGUCGUGUAUUGUGAUGCUGUAUUGUCACUUGUAGACUAGCUUUGGCAAUAAUUUUCCUGGGAAGAAUCUAAAACAGCAUGAUAAUUGUGUGUGGACUGUAGUGUUAUCAAUACUGUCAGACCAGAUCUCUUCAGUUCCGUAACAAGUUCCAUUUCAUUUUGGUCGUCGGAAGUGGUAUUAUAUUUAGACUUAUCCUGCUGUGCAUUGAGUGGGUAUGUAUAUGUUUGGAAUUCUUUUUCUUCUUGCAAUGUUUGCUCGAAUUCUGUAUGACCUUGAUAUUUUCAGUGUAUUAUAAUGAAUAUGUAAAGGUUAUAUAUCAUUACAUUGUACUUGGUACAGAUUUUUAAUACAAGUUAUUUAAUACCAAAUGUGAUCUUGAUGUAGCCAACGGAAAACGAAUUAAACUAUGUAUUUUUAUCCAAGCAGAAGUGGUUCUUAAAUGCUGU